GGAAUGUGUUCCCGCCUUCUCAAUCCCCAGCCAAUUUCCAGUUUGCUAAAUGCCAGGAAAGGAAAGCUCUGAGAAAUCGAAACUGCAUGGGGAGGGAGGACCUGCUGAGCAGCCUCGGAGCAUCCAGACCCACUGCCAGUCUCCUCCAGACCCACCGCUGAUCUCCUCCGGACCCACCGCUGGUCUCCUCCGGACCCACUGCUGGUCUCCUCCCGGCACCAUGAACCACGCUUCCCAGCCCUUCUUCCCUGGUGCCCAGACCGGCCUCCCCUCAAACCACGAGGUGGUCAAGGAGGAGCACGAGGUGGCCGUGCUGGGGACGCCCCACGGCCCCGCGCCCUCCACAUCCACCGUGAUCCACGUCCACAGCGAGACCUCCGUGCCCGACCACGUCGUCUGGUCCCUGUUCAACACGCUCUUCAUGAACUGCUGCUGCCUGGGCUUCAUAGCGUUCGCCUACUCCGUGAAGGCUAGGGACAGGAAGAUGGUGGGCGACGUGACCGGGGCCCAGGCCUAUGCCUCCACCGCCAAGUGCCUGAACGUCUGGGCCCUGGUCCUCAGCAUCCUGGGGACCAUUCUGGUCGUCGUCAUCACGGUGGUGGUCAGCAUCCAGAGCUUUUCCUAGGACUGGAGGCGACAUCAAGGCUGCUGGUGGCUGCCCAGGCCUGCGACCCCCGUCCUCCACCUUCCGUGCCUGGCCCUGCCCCCGGCCCCCACCGCUUUGUGCCGCGGUUCCUGCUCACACGCCUGUCCCCAUGGGGGUCAAUAAAGCGCACGUGUUCCUGA